CGGGGGGAUGGAGAACGGCCGAGGGGGAUGGACGGCGGCUCGGCCAUAAGUGACCCCCGCUCGGGGGGGUCUGGCUACGACUGCACCUCCAAACCGCCUUCCGCCCGGCAGGUUUUUCCUCAUAAACCCGAGCGUUGCCUCACAGGUCCUUCCAAGCGCUUCCCGGUGGCAGCAGUGGAUGGGAUCCUGAGGGAUGUGGUGGAGAGUUAUCUGAGGGAGCAGCGCUACGAGCCGGCGCAGUGCAGGGAGGUGGCGAAGGACAUCACUGAGGUGGUUAAAGCACGGGUGAAAGACCUUGUGAUCCCAAGGUACAAGAUUGUGGUGGUGACACACAUUGGGCAGCUGGAUGAGCAGAGCAUGCAGUUUGGGAGCAGGUGCCUAUGGGAUCCUGUGAGCGACACGUUUUCAUCGUAUGUGUUCAAGAACACUUCACUGUUUGCUGUUACAAAUGUCUAUGGUGUGUAUUUUGAAUAGGGAGGUAGUCAAGCUUAACAGCAGGAGAAAUGGAAGUUCAGCCUAACUCUUCCUGUUUCUGUUGUUGAAAACAUCUCUGAAGGACCAAAGUACUCUCACCUGUUUUGAAAUUUGGCUGCUGUGAGCCUUUGGGUGAAUGUAAUUAGCUGUUUCCCAGAGCUUUCUCUGGGAAGUGGUUUUCUCUGACACACUGUUUUCCACCUGAUUCUUGCUACUUUCAGAACUUUCCCUGCAGGGAAAAUAUAUUUUAAGAAUAUUCCCUAUAGUGUUUUUUUCUCCCUGAAUUUGCCUUCAUUCCAUGGUCCCCAAGCAGAAACCAGAGAGGGUUUUUUGGAGAGUAAAACAAGAGCAUUUUAAGACUAUCCCUGUUAAUGAUGUUUGCAGGCAGUUACUGCAUGCCAGGCCUGAGCACAGAAAAGGUGGCUGAGCGAAGGUAGCUGGUUGUGCUUGAAUCAUAGAAUCCUCAACUGGUUUGGGUUGGAAGGAAUAUUAAAGCUCAUCCCUUGUCCUGCCACUCCAUGCCCUUGUCAGUCCCUGUCCAUCUAGGAAGAAGAAGACCAGUGAAGGGAAGAUUGUUUUUAAAUGAUACCAUGUUUAGAGUACAUAAAUCUGACAUACCUGGGCCCUUCUAGUGAAAGUGCUUGAAUUGAGAAUAAUGGAUUUCAACUGUGGUUCUCAGCCAAUUCCUGCCCUUAGAUAAAAGAGGCAAUACAGCCUUCAGCUCAGAAGUGUGUUUUCAGUCUCCCUGGGUGCAAAUUAAUUGUCUGUUAAGUUGGACUUCUGGGAAAUGUUACUGAAAGCAGGUGGAUUAGGAGAUAAGCUGUGGGUUUUGCCUGUCCAGUUUAGAGGCUGGUGCUGAUGCUCCCAGGUCUCUCCCGAUGUAGCCGUUCCCCACUGGCUGGGGCCUGGCUGACCUUGCAGUGUGACAGAGCUUUCUGUGCCUUGCCCUGAUUCUGAAACCAGACUUUUUUGCUACUCCUGUUUCCCGGCUGAAACCUGCUGUUGGAUUUUCCUGAGUAAGAAGACUAACCUAUCAUAAAUUGCUUAUUACAUUUUACCUGCAAAGCUGAAACUAGGACAGUAGUUAGUUAGAAAGAAAUAUUUGUACUCAUGACUGAGUUUAACUAAACCUCUUGUAAACACUGUGAAACCCAGUCAACCUGAACUAUCACUGGAGCCACUUGCUAGUGUGCACUAUGACAUUUAACACUCAAAAGGGUAAAGCUACAAUUAAAGAACACAACUGAACUAAU